GGGCUGGGCAGCGGCACAGCAGCGAGCCGCGGAGCCGCGGGCAGCACGGCGGGGCGGGCAGUGCCCAGCCGAGCGGAGGCCGGCCGGGCGGGCGGGGCGGCGUGCAGCAUGUGCGAGCUGUGACACGGCUUUGUGCGGCGGCUCCCCCGCCCCGGCCCCGCACUGAGCAUGUGCCGGGGCCCCCGCCCGCCCCCCGCCCGCGGGCCCCGCGCCGCGCUCCGAGCGCCCGGCCCCGCGCAGCGCUGAGCGCGGCCAUGGAGCUCCGCAGGUCCAUCUCGGCCAGCGCCGAGGCCGAGAGACCCACGCGGCGCUACGGGGCGGUGGAGGAGACCGAGUGGAAGGCGGAGGCGCUGGGCAGAAAUCAACUUGACAUCAUUUCAAUGGCUGAAACAACAAUGAUGCCUGAGGAAAUUGAGCUGGAGAUGGCAAAGAUCCAGAGACUUCGGGAAGUCUUAGUCAGAAGAGAAUCAGAGCUCAGGUUUAUGAUGGAUGACAUCCAGCUGUGCAAAGACAUUAUGAACCUUAAGCAAGAGCUGCAGAGCUUGGUAGCAAUCCCAGAAAAAGAAAAAACAAAGAUGGAGAAGCAAAGAGAGGAUGAACUGAUUCAGAAGAUUCAUCGACUGGUACAAAAAAGAGAUUUUCUUGUAGAUGAUGCAGAGGUGGAGAGAUUACGGGAAAAAGAAGAAGACAGAGAGAUGGCUGAGUUCCUUCGCACCAAGUUAAAACCCAUAGACAAAGCAACACAGUCUCCUACCAGCAGCCCAGCAGAAAAGAAGGCAGAACCUCCUCCAAGCAAGCCCACCAUUGCCAAGGCAGGGCUGGCAAUUAUUAAAGAUUGUUGUGGGGCCACACAGUGCAACAUCAUGUAGAGCCCUGGGCUGCCCACCCUGCUUGUCU